CUCGUACUUGGAUUUGGUUACAGAAUGAAUCAGCAGCUGACCGAGUUCGACACUGUCAUGGAACAGAUUGGCUUCGGCAGGGUUCAUCUGUUUGCCACUCUGACCCUGGGCCUGCUGCAGAUGAUGGCCAUUCUGGAGACAAUGGGCAUUGGCAUAAUUGGACCAGCUUCUGUUUGCGAUCUGCGGAUGAGUCUGAUGCAGCUGUCCUCGAUUAUGGCUGCAGGUUUUAUGGGCAUCAUUUGCUCCUCGUACUUCUGGGGCUACAUAACGGAUAAAAUGGGUCGCCGCUGGAUCCUUUUGCGCACUAUUUCGCUGAGCAAUAUCUGCUCGAUCAUUUCCAUGUUUAUGGUUAGCUUUUCCGGCUUCUACGUCAUGCGCUUUGUCACGGGCAUAUUCGUGGCCGGACCGAGCUUUGUGGCCGUCACUUACCUCAGUGAGUUCUGCAACAAGCAGAUCAUGGCGCGCGUCGUUACCCACUUGUACAUGUUCACGGGCUUCGCCAUGCUGUACUGCCCAUCGUGGGGCAUAUUGUUCGAGGGUACGGCCUACAUGGAUUUCGAGAUAGAGCUGGUGGGCGACCUGACGCUGCGACCUUGGCGUCUGCUUGGCUGCAUGUUCAUGCUGCCCGGAGUGCUGGCGUUUUUCCUGCUGCUCCGCAUGCCCGAGAGCCCCAAGUUCCUGUUCAUGAUUGGCGAGACGCAGAAGGGCAUGGACGUGAUGGAUUGGGUGUGCCGAAAGAACACCGGUCGUCCGCUCACCCCAGAGCAGGUGGAGAACAUGCUCAAGUUUCAGGAGAAGGCGCAGGUGAAGCGGCAGAAGAAUGCCAACAAUAUCCUCGGCACGAUGCUCAAUGAUGCGAUGCCACUCUUCCGAAAGCCCUUUGUCGGCUACUUUGUCAGCGGUUGUGCGGUUAUGUUUGUGAUGGGAUUGCUAGCCAACGGUCUGGGCAUUUGGUUUACUUCGAUGCGUAAUCGUGCGAAUAUGCGCGUAGGACCCAGCGAACACAUGACCCUGUGCAGCCUGCUCUUCGAGGAUAAUCCCAGCUUGAUGCAGGAAACCGAAGAGGAUCUUCUUGUCGUGUGCAACGAUGACCUGCACAGCUUCUACGACUCACUUAUUCUGGGCGCCACUUAUAUCAUUCUGUACAACAUCUGCUGGCUUUUGCUCUUCUAUGUUCCACGAAAGGGUCUGCUGGUCAUCUCCCUCCUCAUUGCCUCCACCUGUGGAUUUGCUUUGAUAUUCGUGGCCAAUCAUCAUGUUCAGCUCUUCUGCUUGGUAUUCUUAGUGUCCUUGCCGGGCCUGAUGAUUUCACUGAUGGGCGGCGCCCUGCUGGAGUUUGUGCCCACCUACAUACGCGCAAAGGCUCUGUGCAUCAGUCUCAUGUGGUGCCGCUGGGGCGCUGUUGUGGGCACGACCAUUGUCGGUUCAAGUAUUGAGGAGCACUGCGAGAUUACUCUCUUGGCCAUGGCAAUUCUGCCGCUGUGCUCUGCAAGUCUUGAGGCAUUUUUAACAAUCUAAGCAGUGCGUAAAGGUAGA